CGAGUGCUCUUUCUUUUUUUUUUUUUUUGCGGUUAAAUCUGCGCUGCAUUUUGGAUGCAAAUCUCUGGCGGGCGAGAGCGGAAAACGGAAAAGCGAAUACCCAAAAAGAUAGAUAGACGACAGCACAUAAACCUGAGUGUAGUGUUGCCAUAAUUCGGUUCAAUUGUGCCAGUGUGUGUGCGAGUGUGUGUGCGGUGCUCUGCGGGUGUGUGUGUCGGUGUGCCAGUACAUCGGCCGAUGCUCGCACCGCUUUUCAGUAAUCAUUCUGUGCCCUGACCGCUGCGUUCUCCGCCGCGGGUUCUCCGUUCCGUUCUUGGUUCCCCGAGGUUCCCCGAGGUUCCGUUAUAAAAGACGCGUGCCGCGCUGCGAACCGAUGGAGUUCAGUCCGAGACCGCAACGGUUCCGCGUCCUGCCAAGCAGCAGCAGCUUCUGAAAGCAAAAAAUAAUCGAGAAAAUCAAAUCUUAGGCAAUAAUAACUUCUAAAAAAAGUUUACAGUGCAACCGAGUGUUAUAACUGCUAAUAGUUUUUCUAAAUAUUAAAAAAACAAAGAAACAGACAUCGUAAAAAUGCAUUUUAUUACCUUCUCCUUAAUAGCCUGCUGCUCCCUGGCGCUCGGCUGGGCCAACGAGUGGGGCUACCCGGACUUGGACAACAACCAGGAUGAACCUUUUCCCAAAUGGGGCGGUCUUUGCGAUAGUGGCAAGAAGCAAAGCCCCAUUAAUCUGCAUGUCAAGGGGUCUCUGAAGGGUGAAUUUGAUCCCCUGAAGUUCGCGAACUACGAUGAACACCAGAAAAAUCUGAAAAUGGUCAACAACGGGCACUCAAUUCAACUGUCUGGCUUCGAUCACGAGCUGACCCUGAGUGGCGGCGCCCUGCUGCAUGACUAUGUGGUGGAACAGAUCCACAUGCACUGGUGGUCGGAGCACACCAUCAACGACAUCCGCUAUCCGCUGGAGGUGCACAUUGUCCAUAGGAACACCAUCUACCCGAAUAUGACGAUGGCUGCCAACUUCAAGGAUGGUAUCGUGGUGAUUGGAGUGCUCUACCACGUGUCCAACACAAGAAACGAGGCCAUUGGCAGCAUCAUCAAGAGUUUGGGAGCGGUGAAGGCGUACGACAGCAUGAACAAGCCCACUCUGGUGGCGGAUUCCCUGGCUGUGGAUGAUCUGGUGCCCAGUGUGGAGAGCUACUUCACCUACGCCGGCUCCUUGACCACACCCACCUGCGCCGAGGCUGUCACCUGGAUUGUGCUGACUGAGACAUUCCCGGUGACCCUGGAUCAGGUGAAUGAAUUCAAGGAGAUCGAGUACGAGGAGGGCAAGCAGCUGCACAACAAUUACCGGGAGCUGCAGAGCGAGAAUAACCGGGCGGUGGUGCUGGUCGAAAUGCCCGAAGACCGAUCAGGAGCUGCUGGACUCACGGCGUCCGUCUCCUUGAUCCUGACGCUCGUUCUGGUGGGUGGCCAGAAGUUCCUGCUGUAGAUUCAGCUAGGAAGUCGAUAAGAGAGAGCAGCCAAUGACAUAAACUCGUACCAAAGAAUUGUUAAAUACAACGAAUUUGUUAACAAAAGAUAAAAGGAAUCAAACAGGAGCCUUACAGGAGACAAUUUAUACUCAUUAAUUGUAAUUCAGAACAGAACAAGAAUCCAGCUAGUCAGUUUGUGUGAAGUUCAUUAAGUGCAAAGUUCACAGAAUAAUAAAUGAAUCAUUUUACAA